AUGAAUGAAAAAGGGAAGUGUUUUCUAGCAAUGAUUAAGACAACAGAGAACUAUGACAAUCUUAAAGAAAGCCUCGCUGAUCUAAAUAACAAAAUGUCAAAUUUAAAAUAAAUAACUGUAAAUAAUCAUAAGUAUAGCACUGUGUAUUCUUUAGAAGGAGACUGGAAGUUUCUGGCCCACAUUUGUGAUCCAGCAGCUACAAAUCAAAAUUUUGCUUGUAUUUGGUGUAAGUGCCCAAAACAUGAAAGGUUUGACAUCAACAAAAAGUGGUCUUUAACUGACAAAUCUCUCAGGGCAAGAGACUCACACAAAAUAGGUAAGCAUGCAGAAUCUAAGCAACAUAAUUGUAAAACCAAUCUCUUGUUUGACUUUAUUCCUAUUGACCAUGUUAUAAUUGAUACACUACAUAUGUUUUUGAGAAUAUCUGAUAAUUUAAUUGAACUUCUGAUCGGGGACUUUACAGAAAAGAUGCCAUUGAUAAGGUAUCUACUUUUUCAAAUGGGUUUGUCAAAAUAG